AUUUUCGUAAAAUCCAAAAUAUUUGUCAUCUUUUAUACUUGUGUCUUAACCCUUAGUUAAGAGAUAAAAAUGGUUUUAAAAUUAUCAAUAGUUCUAAAUUGUAUGUUGUUGGGAAUAACUAUUGUGCUAGCCCAAAUCAGUGACCUUCGAUAUACGGAGAACACGAAUGAUAACCUAGGAAAUGCAAUCCAGUUUCUCCGUGACUUUGAUCGUGAAGCGGCAGAAAUGUGUAACAGAGUGGCUAACAGCGAGUGGAAGUUCGCCAUCAAUGCCACUGAGUUUAACCGAAGGCGAAUGCGCGAACAGCAAAAUCUUGCCGCUAAGUUUGAGUGUCUCAGCUGGAGACGUGCUGCUUCAUUCGACUCAUCAACCAUCGUGGAUUCCAGCAUCCGCCGACAGAUGGGAAGAAUCGUUCAACCAGGGCGAUGCGGUCUCGGAGAGGAUAAGUUUGCAGAGAUAACACACGUCAUAUCGCUGAUGAAGGACAAUUACAAUAACGCUAGGCUUUGUCCGUUUCCUGGGACGCAACCGACACUGAUCGGAUCGGACUCGUACAGAAGCUCCAACUAUGUGGCUACGUAUGCUUCCUAUUGUGAUUUAAAACUUGAACCGGACUUGGCCCAAAUAAUGGAAACCAGUCGAAUAGAACCGGAACUGAAACAUUACUGGCUAGCUUGGCGGGAAAAGACGGGCCCUCCCGUGAAAAACACCUUCAUGAGAUACAUAGAUCUUGCCAAUCAGGCAGCCGAAAGACAUGGAUUCAAUGACGCAGGAGAACAAAUGCGUGCGCUAUAUGACGAUAGUGAGUUUUUCUUCUCGGUGAAUGAUCUGUGGGCCAAAAUACAACCCCUGUACAAACAGUUGAUUACUUUCGUUAGAAAGGGACUCGUGCGGCAUUAUGGUGAACACGUAGUUCGUAGGGAUGGACCACUACCAGCGCAUAUACUGGGGAAUAUGUGGGCUCAAAAUUGGCACAGUAUACUUGUCCUAAUUUUACCAGGUCCAUCGGAAAUGCCAGACGUCUCCGGAGAAAUGAUACGUCAAGGUUACACGCCACUGAAAAUGUUUCAGACAGCAGAGGAAUUUUUUACUUCGAUUGGUUUACCACCAAUGGCUCCGGAAUUUUGGCGAAAUUCGGUGCUUCAAAAAUCGAACGAAAUGCAUGGACACUGUACAGCUUCUGCGUGGGACUUUUGCAAUAAGAUAGACUUCCGAAUCAAGCAGUGCACGCAGGUCUCGUUGGAAGAUUUCGUGAACUCACACCACGAAAUGACUCACGUGCAGUACUACAUGCAGUACUCUGGGCAACUAUUUCUCUACCGAGAAGGUCCAAAUCCGGCCUUCCAUGAAGCUCUUGCCAACGCAGUUAGUCUUUGCGUUGGAGGUCCUGUUCAUUUGCAAAAGUUAGCACUUCUAAAUAGUCCGGUUUCAGUGAGCAACGGAAACACCAUGAUCAACAUCGAGUAUCUUCUGAGUGUUGCUCUAGAUAAACUGCCAUUCAUGGCCUACAGUUUGGCACUGGAGAAGUGGCGAUGGUACGUUUUUGAGAAAGGCCCGGUUGGUAUGAACGCCCGAUGGUGGGAACUGCGUCUUCGUUACCAGGGUAUCAUUCCUCCCGCUGGGAGAAGCUCGGAACACUUCGACGCCGGUGCCAAGUAUCAUGUCAUCUCAGACCAGGAUUACAUAAAGUACUUCGUAGCGACAGUACUGCAAUUCCAAGUUCACUCGGAACUUUGUCUGGCAGCACACCAUGUGGGUCCCUUGCAUACAUGUGAUUUCUAUCGUUCGCGAGAAGCUGGAAGGAUUUUAAGUGACGUAAUGCAACAAGGGGCAUCGCUGACUUCCUCACAGUUGAUUAAGCUACUCACACGAGGCAAAACUUCUCGACUCUCAGUCGAUCCACUUCUGGAUUUCUUUAGGCCUUUAGAGGCUUGGUUGGAGUUGCAAAACAGAGACGAACCAAUUAUUGGUUGGAGUUCUCGAAUGGAGGAUUUUGCGUUGUUCCAGUCUUUGGUAGAUCAUACCAGGCGCAAUUCUGGAGUGCGGUUGGCGUACGGUCUAGUAGCUAUCAUUGUGUUUUCCUGUAGUUUGUACAUCUUUUUAUAAAUAUUGUAAUAUUUCUAUUAUUAAAUGUAAAUAUAAUAAAACCACUAAAAUAGUAGAGCUUCAUAAGACACUCUGCAAGUAGCGAAUUAUUUGGCUAAGCAAUUUAAUGUUGGCUGCCAACAGGAAUGAAGCAGAUAGUCAUAAGAUCCCAAUGUAACAGGAAUGUUGGCAUAGCAUUUCAUAUACCACCGGAAUAAAACUUGAUUUGUUGAUACAUACAAUA